AGCAUAAAAUACAAAUUUUUAUCAUAAGAAAUAAGACCGUUAUAGGUUUAUGUUUUGUUGUUUUAUUCAAACCCGAUAUUUUGGAUCGGUAUCUGGUAUCAAAACGAUUAACAAUAGUAUACUUAUUAUAUUUAGUGUUUAAAAUUUAAAUUGGAUUGUAAAAAUAGUUAAAUAUAUUUUAGUACGGUAUUAAGAAUAAUUAAAAGUAAUUAAACACCAUAUCUUACGCGCUAUCUUAAAGUACCUGUAUACUAUCUAGAAGAUUUUAUAAAAAAAGAACGUUGUUUGAAACAAAAUGAUUGAAAGUUCUUCUCAAAAUAAUGAAUCAUCCAUUGAUACACCCCCAUCAACUAACGCAACUCGACCAAGUGUUACUUCUAUUGAUGUAAUGAAACAAGAGUUGUACGAGACUCAGUUACAGUUAAAAACAAAAAAUGCAUUUAUUAGUGAACUUCAACAUGAUAUGGAACAACUACUAGUUGUAGAAGAUGAAAAUUUUAAGUUAAAAGAAGCUGUUUUUAACAAAGAGUCUGAUCUUAAGCAAUGGACAAUUAAAUAUUCAAAUUUAGAAUUUAAACUUCAAGAACAACAAAAAGAUUAUCUGUCUCAAAUUGAUGUUUUAAAUAAAGAAUUGUCAAUAUUAAACAAAUUAAAAGAUACACCAAAAGAAGUAGUUCCUGUAGAUUUAAACGACAGCAUCAUUACAGAAUUAAAAACUGAGCUGUAUGAUAAAAAGGGAAAAAAUGAAGAGAUGCAAAGUGUCAUUAAAGAUCAAGAAGUAUUCAUUGUAGAGCUUGAUAGUUUAAAAGCAAAAGCUCUUGAAGACCUUGAGGAUGUAAAAACACAACUUGGUUUCAAAUGUGAUCAGUUAAAUGAAUGGAAAGAAAAAUACGAGGCAUUGCAAGAAGAAUGUGAUAUGUUACGUGCACAAGUAAACAAUAUGAAUACCAUGAACGAUCAUAAUAAAAGAGGAAAUUCAUUAUUCGCUGAAGUAGAUGAUAAAAGACAAGCAUUAACAACAGAAUUGGAAAUAAAAAAGGAAAAAUAUGAAACAUUAAAAAAAUGUUUGUCAAAAACCAACUAUGAAAACAAUCAAAUGAAGAUGGAAGUUAUGAGACUCGAAAAACAACUAUUAGAUUCUGAAAAAACGGAUGACUUAGAAAAAUCUACUCUGAUUCAAAGUUUUAAAAACCGUAUAAGUGAUUUAGAAGCAAAAAUAAGAGAUCUAGAAAAAAGACCAGAAACUCCACAAGUACUGCAAAUAGACAAUUUAAGCAAUGAAGGAAUGAACGUAGUUCUUCAAAUUGUGUCUGAUGUUCGAAAGGAGAAAAAAGCCCUCGAAGAAGAGAUGAACAGAAGAUCCGUAAGAGAUAUGGAAGCAAGACAACAAUGUUUUAAAGGAGAAUGUGAAAUCAGACAACUUAAGAAAGAAAUGAGAAGAGAUAAACUUCAAUUGAAAGAAUUAGAGCAACAAAUAACUAUGCUUAAAACUAAAAUUUCCAAUUCCAAGGAAAAUAAAAAUGAAGAAAAAAGCAAUAUUUCAAAAGGUGUACGUUUCCAUGAAAAUUGUAAGAUUGAAGAUGGCGGACCAGAUAUGAAGCAAACCAAAAAAGUUCCUCAACCUGCAGUCUUAAACACCAUUGUAUUUCCUAAACUAGAAGAGUUUUAAACUGUUUAAUAACCAUUACCUUAUUUUUGUUAUACAAAACUGUAUUUCCAACUUUAGUGUUAAAUUAAAUUUAAACAUUUAUUAUUUUAUAGAAUUUACACAUUUUUUAAAAAUCAAU